UGUUACACCUCCGCCUGGUCCCCGCCUCUCCAUUCAACAUAACGAAUUGUGUAUUAAACUUUCGUAAGCCAUGCUACAUCAGUACUUGACCUCUGACCCCUAAGCGCGCGACUCGAAAACACGAAAAUGGCAGAUGUGGAUAGCAAAGAAAGUUCGGCAACAGAAGUGGAGGAGGAUGUUGCCAUGGAUACUGGUGUCGUCGAGAGCUUUGAUGUUGCCGAAUCACAGGAGGUAGAGAUGGAGGAAACUGUCAGCCCCUCUGACCAGGAAUCAAUGGAACCUCCCUGUGACGACGAUGGGGCAUCUACGGAUAACAUGGAUAACAAAGAAAAUGUUGCAGCAGAAGUCAGUUCCACUGAUGCAGGAGGGGGGAAGUUGAAAGAAGCCGCGAGCAUAAAAGGAGACUGUUAUUGUGGCAAAGAGAGAAGUCCCAACAACAUAGAGCUACAAUGCAGUGUCUGCCUCAAGUGGUUUCAUAAGGACUGCAUUACCUGCAAUGUGGGAAACUGCAUACCAUACAUGAUGACUUACUCCUUUUGCUGCAAGUAUUGCAAUCCAACCAAGUCUGAAGUGUACAGUCGAAGGAUGGCCAAUUUCAGCCAGUUGUGUCACAUGGCCCUCGCCAACUUGACGGCCCAGCAGCGACUGGAAAGCACAGACAAGAUCAUGUUCUCCAAGGAGAAAGACUUGAUUCCAUUCAUCAACCAGCACUGGGAGGCACUGACUCCAAUGCAGAGACGAACCACCACCACGUGGCAUGCUACCAUCGUCAAGGCUAUGACAAAAGACAGUGAUAUCUUCAUCUGUAAGGAGAAACUAGACACCAGCGGAGCCAGUGAAGAGGAUUAUCCUCUCUUUGGACUCAUUGAUCAGGAUUUGACCAAGAUCAGUCCAAACUAUGACCCCUCGAAGCAGAGUAGCACCAACAAGGGAGAGCUCAGCCAAAAACUCAGUUCAUCACUGUCCGCAUCACUGAAUGGAGGCAGUUUGUCCUCGUCGCUUGGCAAAAGCCGCGGAACAAAGAGGAAAGGGCUUGAGAACAGCCAGAAUAUCACAUCAGGAAAGAAAACCAGAAAUGACAUGAUAACGGCCCAGAAGUUACCCCCUCAUGGGUACCCCUUGGAGCACCCCUUCAAUAAAGAUGGCUACCGAUACAUCCUGACUGAGCAAGACCCUCACGCACCCAGCAGUGCCUUUGAAGAAGAUAUGUGGAUAGGCAAACCCAUUCCUGCCUUGCUGUACCGUAUGGCGCUGGGGAGGGAGGUGUAUCUGGCAUCACAUGAUAGAGCUCCUCAACUAAAGAUCUCAGAGAAUCGGUUGUCAGUGACUGGUGAGAAAGGUUACUCCAUGGUCCGAUGCACCCACGGUACAAACCGAGGGGCCUGGUACAUGGAGAUGAGUAUUGAUGAUAUGCCAGAGGGUACUGCCACCAGGAUCGGAUGGUCACAACCGCUAGGUAAUUUACAAGCACCUCUGGGCUACGACAAGUUCAGCUAUUCCUGGCGUAGUCGGAAAGGAACUCGCUUCCACCAGAGCAUUGGGAAACGCUACGGGGAAGGGUAUGGUCAAGGCGAUGUGCUAGGAUUGUACAUCAAACUGCCUAGCAGGGUACCGGCUGAUAAACUACUUCCGUUGACAUACAAAGAUCGGGCACUUAUCAAGUUCAAGAGUCAUUUGUACUUUGAGGAGAAGGAUCUUGUACAGGAGACAGAGAAUGAUCUGAAGCCGUGCUCUGGAUCAAAGAUUGCAUUCUUCAAGAAUGGUGUAAGCCAGGGCGUGGCAUUUGAGGACAUCUUUGAGGGCACUUACUACCCAUCCAUAUCAGUACACAAGGGAUGCACGGUUUCUGUCAACUUUGGUCCUCAAUUCAAGUACCCACCACAAGAUCUGGAGGACUUUCUUCCCAUCAGUGAGCUGGCUCACCGCGCUAUGGUGGAACAGUCCUUGGCCAAUCUGGUCUACCAUGUGGACCACGAACAGGACUUCAAAGACGCUAGCAAGGGGUUGUUACCCCAGUCGUGUUGAUGGAAACUGCCUUAAAGAUUGUUUAGCUGAGGAUGAUCGAGAAUCAACAACUGGCCACUAAAAGGAGCAACAAUGGUAGCAUGCCAGGAGUGACCAUGUUGGCCAGAGGGAAAACGAUGCCACUUAGCUGGUAGCCACAAUUUAUUUGCAGGCCAUUGCAUAACAUUGCAUACCAGGUUUGCGUACCACUGUUUUCAUCAUUAGAGGCCAAUUUUGAGGGGCCACAAUUAUCAGGUGGCCAGAAUUGACAGCCACAUUAAGAGCCUUUGUAGAAUGGUAACCGCAGUGGACAGAAAACUGUGAUAGCCCUACACUGCAGGCAGCCGGCAGCAAUGGUUAGGCAGCCAAGAUGAACAGAUGGCCUCAAAUGAAUGAGUAACCUUUAUUGAACAGAGGCCAGUGGAUAACACGCCACUUCAGCAGCCGAUAGUUGGCCUCAGUAGGCCAUUAGUUGCGAUAGAAACCUAGAGCAGAGCUAGGUAUCCACAAUGGAGAAAUAGUCGCAUUCCUGAACACAAAUAUGAAAGUGAAUGAGGUUUCUAGUACCUCAGUGUAAACCUCCGACAAAAUACCUCAAACAUUUAUUUCAUGACUGCUGAAAAUCUACCAAGAUGCCUUUUAAAAUUUUGUUCUUUUGUUUUGGUUGUGUUUUUAACUGUCCUUAUUAAAAUUAAUCCUUAGAGAAUAUUAAAGUUUGCAUAGCGUAGAGCAUCCAACGGAAAACAAGAAUUGAGAUUUGUAAAUCCAUCUUUUUAGGGCUCAUUUUGUACAUUUUACAUUAAAAAUCAUUGUCUUUUCCAGAAAAGAAA